GAUAGAUGCUAUGGUUCAAGAAAGGUUAAUGGCUUAUGCGACGCAGUUAGGUAUUCCAGUACCGACUCCUUCCACUCCAGUCGUUCCUAGUAGCUGUCAAUCGGGGGGCAAUGAUCCAUUUGCGGACUUGCAGAGUCAAGUUCCAUGUCGCUUGGCAAUAGCGGAUGUCUCGGGACCGAUCAUUGUAGCUGAGGGUACCGUUCAUCCACGACAGGAGCCAUCGUCACACGCUACGACUGCCAUGAGAGUGAGUGUUGAUGAGUUUUAUGCGGAUUACGCAGAUGUUCCAGUUCCACUCUCUACUCCAUUCAUCACGAAACUCAGUCAAGCCGAGGGUUCUGUCAUAGAAUGGCCAAAGAGUUGA